AUGAUCCACAGAUAUCGAUUAGAAAACGGAAGAACCUACCAUGCAUAUAGAGAUGGCUCAUAUCACUACCCCAACGACGCAAGAGAACAGGAGCGGCUGAACUGGCAAUACGACGUUCUCCACGAUGUGAUGGGCCGAAGGCUCUACUUCGCACCGUGGUCGAGGAAAAAAUGGCCACGCAAGGUACUCGACAUAGCAACAGGCACGGGGAAGUGGGCAAUCGAGUUUGCCGACGAGUUCCCAGAGUCCCAAGUCAUCGGCACCGAGCUCUCGCCGAUCCAGCCGGACGAAUACUCGCCCAACGUCGAGUUCCAUAUCGACGACUCGACGUACAACUGGCAAGACGGCCCCUUUGACUACGUACACACUCGCAUGACCCUCGGCUGCUGGGAGAACAUGCAGAUGAGCAUCUUGCAGCAGGCCUUUGACAACCUGCGUCCCGGCGGCUGGUGCGAGUCCCAGGAGAUGGUCCCCAUACCGGACUGUGAUGACGGGACCAUGCCGCCCGAUUUCAGCUUCCUUCAAUGGGCAACGGAGCUGGAUUAUGCUUCACUGCAGGCGAACCGACCCAUUUCGGACGGCCAGUACUUGAAACGUUGGUACACUGAAGUGGGCUUCGUUGAUGUCCACGAGGAAAUCCUAAAGGUUCCUCUCAAUGGCUGGCCGUCGGACAGGCGGAACAAAGAGAUAGGCAUGCGCUGGCUGUGUAAUCUACAAGACGGCCUGAGCGGCUUCACACUGGGGCUACAUCACCGCGUGUACGGAAGGACGCAAGAGGAAAUCGAGGUGAGAUGA